AUGAAGAAUGACAACCGCUUGUUGGAAAACAGCACUAUUGAUAGGGACCAUUGGAUAUUUCAUACUGAACCGUCGAAUGAUUGGUUGAAUGCUGGCAGAAACCCACAAUGCACCUCAGAAGCCCAAAACUCAAUACGCAAUCCAUCCACCAUUCUGAAUGAGGAGUUUCUGCGCAAAGCAUACAUCAGCGAGUACCUUUCUGGUACAGUUUGCUAUGAUGGAGGUCUACUGAACAAUCUACCAAAGUACCAAGACUUAUACGAACAUUUCAUGGCAUGGGAUGACGGUGUCGACGAUGUCACUGUUAUGGCAAAGAUUGAAGGAAUGUGUUACGUGGCAUUUCGAGGCACAUCUUACUUCAAUAUUAAUGAUUUGGUAUUUCAGAACUUGAAUCCAACAGUUGCCAACGUUGGUGACACCAACUGCUACAUUCGCAAGGGUUACUAUGAUGCAUACUACACACCCUACGUGAACGAUUUCGAACGGAGAAUGCAACUAUGUCUAAACUCUUGCAAAGGAGGCACAUGUCCCCUUGUCAUCACAGGUGGCUCACAAGGUGCAGGUCCUGCCGUUGUUGCGUCUAUAGUCUACCGACACCUUGACCCAACCGUCAUAACAUGGGGUGGAGUUCGAGCGCUGUAUCGGAUCAGUCCUAUUGAUGCCUCUGUGUGUCAAGACGUCAACCCGCAAAACCAUUAUCGCUUUGUGAUCACAGACUCCACGUUGAGGCUUAUAGAUUUCAUCCCCUACCAAUGGGCCUUCUUUAGUCAGCAAAUCGGUCAUGAAAUCUUGUUUGAUGGCAAUGAUAUGAAUUACAUGGGCAUCAAUAACCCCGUCAAGCGGAACCCUCUCACAUACAGCCUUUUGGUUCAUUCUCCCUGCAAUUACGACGCCAAAACGCGACAGCUCUACGAGAACUCUUGUUUCCCCGUCCCUGCCAGCGGAUGGAAAGAUGGUCAUUGGUGCAAAACAGAUGAAGACUGUGAAAGUGCUUUUUGCACUGAUCUUGGAUUCUGCAAUGCUGGUUUCGAUGCUGGGGAACGGUGCAGACGCGACGAACAAUGCGUGUCCAAAACCUGCAUCCAAAGUGUGAGUGAAUGCGCCCCUUACCAUGGCAAAAUGAACGAAGGAAUGCACUGUCGGGACGAUGAGGAUUGCGCCAGCGGUCGUUGUGAACAAGGCUUGUUUGGGUGGCUACCCCUUGUGGACUCCGUCUGCGCCCCGCAGUUGGACACUGGCGAAGAGUGCAACGAAGACUCGGACUGUAAAUCCAAUGUCUGUGGCGGCUUCUUGCUUUGGGGGAGAAGGUGCUGGCCCCAGGAUUGA